AUGAGGGUCUUGGCCUGCUUCCUUGCAAUACUGGUGGGCAACCAGGCUAUUGAGCGACUACGGCUGGCUGAUGGCCCUCACGGCUGCGCAGGACGCCUGGAGGUCUGGUACAGCGGGCGCUGGGGCACGGUGUGUGAUGACGGAUGGGACCUUCGGGAUGCUGCGGUGGCCUGCCGUGUGUUGGGCUGCGGAGGGGCGCUGGCUGCCCCUGGGGGUGCCUUCUUCGGGGAGGGCACCGGGCCCGUGUGGCUCAGUGAGCUGGCCUGCCGGGGCAAUGAGGGACAGCUGGGUAUCUGUCCCCACCGGGGCUGGAAAGCCCAUAUCUGCUCUCACGAGGAGGACGCCGGCGUGGUCUGUGUAGGUCAGCGUGCAGCUAACUCUAGAGAAGAUUCGACGUCCCUGCUGGAUGGGGACCCGUGGCCGCUACUCUCGGGGGAACUGAGUCCCAGCUCAGAGGAGCCCCCUGUGACUUACACUCCUCAGCCAGCAGUGAGCUCCCAGAAUGGUCCCCGCAAGAAGAACCCCCGGCCACCCAAGCAGGCCAAGUCUACCCGCGCUCCUGUACUGACAAAUGGAGCUCCCCGCCAGGAGCGGCUGCGCCUUGUCUCAGGUCCCCACGGAUGUGCUGGCCGCCUGGAAGUCUGGCACGGUGGACGCUGGGGAACCGUGUGUGAUGAUGGAUGGGACCUCCGAGAUGCAGCCGUGGCCUGUCGGGAGCUGGGAUGUGGGGGAGCGCUGGCCGCCCCUGGGGGUGCCAGAUUCGGACCUGGUACAGGACCGGUGUGGAUGGACGAUGUGGGGUGUGGAGGAGGAGAGCAGGCCCUCCGGGACUGUCCCCGAAGCCCCUGGGGCCGGAGCAACUGUGACCACACCGAGGAUGCAGGACUGGUCUGCACUGGUCCCGCACCCAGGCUGCGCCUCACUGAUGGUCCUCACGGCUGUGCUGGUCGCCUGGAGGUUUGGCAUGGCGGACGCUGGGGGUCGGUGUGUGAUGACGCUUGGGAUCUCCGUGAUGCCGCUGUGGCCUGCAGGGAGCUGGGCUGCGGGGGUGCCCUGGCCGCCCCAGGGGGCGCCUUCUUUGGGGAGGGGGCUGGACCCAUCAUCCUGGAUGAUCUCAGGUGUCGGGGGAAUGAGACAGCCUUGCGAUUCUGCCCUUCGAGGCCCUGGGGCCAGCAUGACUGUCACCAUCGGGAGGAUGCUGGAGCCGUGUGUGAUGGCAUGCCUCUCGGCGAUGUGCAGCCCACAGCCCCUGCAUCGGGCAGCAACACCUCAGCACCCAGGCUUGUGUCUACCUCAGUGGGCCAGACCCCAGCCCCUGCAGGCAGUUGGCCACCUCCUGCUUCUCCCAGUACCCAUCCAGAGCCUGGGCCCGAAGCCGGGUCCCCCCAGUUGCGCCUGGUGGCUGGACCCAGCAGGUGCUCUGGGCGGCUCGAGGUAUGGCAUGAUGGACGCUGGGGGACAGUUUGUGAUGACGGCUGGGACAUGAGAGACUCGGCUGUGGUGUGCCGGGAGCUGGGCUGUGGGGGGCCUCGGCGAGCAGACCCUGAGGCAGGCCGCUUCGGCUGGGGCGCAGGCCCCAUCUGGCUGGAUGAUGUAGGGUGUGUGGGGACGGAGGCUUCGCUCUCAGAAUGCCCUGCUGCUCCGUGGGGGAAGCACAAUUGUGCCCACAAUGAGGAUGUCGGGGUUACGUGCACUGGGACCCCUGGCCUGGAUACCAUCUCAGACCCCUUCAGUUGGAGCUGGCUCCCUGGGCUGGGUAGAGAUCAGGAUGCCUGGCUUCCAGGAGAGCUGGCCACCAAAUCCUCCCCCAGUGUUACCUCCAGUGUGCUAGAGAAAACCACAAGGUCUCCAGGGAAAGCACCCAAGAGUACUAAGAAGUGGGUGCCUAAAAAUGCAAAAAGACCAACCUCUCAACCCCCUGGGAUAGCAACCACUAAACGCUCCAGGGUCCCAGGCACCCCAAGCAUCCUAAACCUAACCCCACGUACCUCUGAGUUACCUAAAAGAUUGACCACGGAGGCCCUCCGAAGACAGACAUCACACACCACUGCAAAGCCGACUCCUAGGGUCCCCUGGGAGUGGACCUCAGAGACUGCAGCAUCACUGUCCACUCACUAUCCCCGAGACAUGACCUCGGAGGCCACCAUCACACAGAUCCCUCAGGCCUCCUUACAGCCAACUGGUGAGAGCCCAGAAGCUUCUCUGGAGUCAUCCCACGAUCCAGCCCCCUCCCCAUCUGCUGGAGCACCAAUGCCAUCAGGUCCUUUCCGGGUUCGUCUGGCUGAUGGGCCCAACAGGUGUGCUGGCCGGCUAGAGGUGUGGCAUGCUGGACAGUGGGGGACAGUCUGUGAUGACAGCUGGGACCUUCGGGAUGCCACAGUGGCCUGCUGGGAGCUGGGCUGUGGAAAGGUCCGGCCCCGAGUAGGCAAAACCCACUACGGCCCAGGGACCGGGCCCAUCUGGUUGGAUGACGUGGGCUGUAGGGGCAAUGAGGCCUCACUGAGUGACUGCCCCUCGGGGACAUGGGGGAAGCACAAUUGUGACCACGAGGAAGACGUGGUGCUCUCCUGCACUGGCUACACAGACGAUGACGAUUAUCCCUCCUGGACCUGGGACCCCACUUGGGGAGAGGACCUGACCAAAGGCACCACUGUGACCGCACGGCCCGGACAUGCGAUUUCCUGGGCCACCACUAGAAACCCGCAAGUCCCCUCUUCAGGAACACAGAGGCUUCCAGACACAGAUGACCAGGGUAGUUAUGAGCGCUCCCGGACAUGGGAUUCACCUGCUCAAAGGGGUGUUCCCAGAGGGACCCCCAGCACAACCAAACCGCGACCCACUGUCACCAGUGGCACCGGCAAGAGUCCAGGCCACCCCUUUCCAGCUCCGAGAGCCCGUGAAGACACAGGUUCCCCAAGGAAGCCAAAACCCGAGCACCGGCUGCUGCGGCCCACGUCAGCCAGGACAGCAUCCACCACCUCAUCCCCAGCUCCCUCCACCUCGCCAGGGCCUUCUGGCUCAAGGCCACAGUUCAUCCCUUACAGGGUCUCAGAGCAGGGGAGGACCACAGGCCCUCCCAAAACAUCUCCACCCACCCCGGGACAACCUCUGACAACCUCUGAUGCCAGUUCUCUUCCCAAAGGGAUCCCCGAGCCCUCUCGCAGCCCAGCAUCCACCUCCUCCCCUAAAGGGCUGAGCUCUGGCUCCUCUGCGCUAUCAGGAGGGACCAGCCUUUCCCCUACCUCAGAGCUGACCCCAGGACCCGACACAACCCCAGAUUUGGGCACAACUCCCAAAAUAGUGCCAGAGAGUUCUGGUUCCUCGGACCUCCCCAUGAGCCCCAGGACCCCCACACAGCCAUUCACAGCCCCUCACUCCACCACCACCCCUGAGCUCACCAUCACCCCGGAGCCCACUACCACCCCUGAGCCUACCACCAUCACCCUGGAGCCCACCACCACCCCAGAACCCACCACCACUCCUGAGCCCACCACCACCCCUGAGCUCACCACCACCCCGGAACCCAACACCACCCCUGAACCUACCACCACCACCCCUGAGCCCACCACCACCUUGGAGCCCACCACCACCCCAGAACCCAACACCACCCCUGAACCUACCACCACCACCCUGGAGCCCACCACCACCCUGGAGCUUACCAUCACCCCUGAGCCCAUCACUACCACCCCAGAGUCCACCAGUACGCGGGAGCCCACCAUCACCACCCCUGAGCCCAUCACCAUCCCUCAACUCACCACAACUUCUCAUCCUUCCAUAACCCCUCAACACACCACAAACCGUCCAUUUCCCAGGACCCCUCACCCCACUACAAUGCCUCAACCUCCCACCAACCUGACUGAUGUUCCCUCCAUCCCCGCCAUCCCUACAAAGUCCUUUCCAUCUUCCCUGGAGACAGACUUUCCCUCACUCACUCCAGAGCCAAAGGUCAAGCCUAGCCUGCACCCGGAGCUGACCUUUGUGAGAGACCCUCCCACAAACACAUCCCACAUGCAGAGCCUAGAGCCCUCUCCAGCCUCUGAGUCUGACCCCUCCAGGCCCUCUCCAGCCCCAAGCAUGGACCCACUGUCCACGGAGGCCUUCAGACCACCCAAAAUCCAGAGUUCCAGGUCAACCUCUCCGUCUAUCCCCGACCUUCACCUCUCCUCUAUGGCCCCCCCAUUGGACCAUCUUACUCAGGGGCCACCCCCCAAUCACAACCCAGGUCCCCUUGGGCCAUGUAUGUCCCCCAUACCCCCGGUAAGGGUCAUGGCUUGUGAGCCACCUGCCUUGGUGGAGCUGGUGGCAGCUGUGAGGAAGGUGGGUGACCAGCUGCAGAGGCUGACUCAGGUCCUGGAACGAGACCGGCAGGAACGCCAAGUCCUGGGGCUGGGCCUGGUCCAGUUGGUAGAGGCUGCCCAGGGCCUGGGGCAGCUGAGUGAGACUGUUAAGAGACUAGCAGAAGCGGCCUGGCCCCCCAGCACACCUGCGCCCACCAUCACCACCACGGAGGAGGAGAGGCCUCUGAGGGGAGAUGUGUGACCCACUCUGAAGUCCGGGUGCUAAAGAUGCUCUCAAGCAAACAAAAAACCAAAGUAUCU